AGAUGCUACGAUUACUAGCAGUCUGCGCGCUGCUGACAAUUGCCCUCUCAAUGCUUGACCAAGAAUUUGAUUUUGGAGGCCAGGACGAGUCGGCUCUGGAGAUCCUGAUGAGGGAACAGGGAUUCUCUGAUGUGGAGAUUGAGGUGUUUUUACAGCAAGAUAGAAGCGACCGUGAGGAGCUAGAGACCCAAGAAGAGGAGGAGUACUUCUCCUGGGAUGAAGCUAAAGGGUACGACGAGUGUGACGAAUUCAGGCACUCUUGGAGACGAAAGGACUACGUUUACGGGAAGAAGGAGGACGAGAAGGAGGACGAACUGAAGGAGGACGGGAAGAAAUACGAACUGAAGGAGGACGACUGGACAGAUAUGAAGAAAGCGUGGGCCGGGGAUUAUACUGUUGUUGUUGAGGAGAAGGAGGAAGAGGAUGUAGUCGACCAGCCCAAGGCUGAUGGUAGCAGUAGUGGAUAUCAUGGUUCAAGGCAUCAUGGACGCUCUAGUCACCACGGAAGUUCUAGGCAUCAUGGAAGCUCUGGACGGUCUAGUCACCACGGAAGUUCUAGGCAUCAUGGAAGCUCUAGUUCUAAGCAUCAUGGAAGUUCUAAGUAUCAUGGUAAAUCUGGUCCCCAUGGUAAAUCUGGAUACCAUAGUAAAUCUGGGUACCAUGGAAAAUCUGGAAAGAAGAGAGGUAAUUGUAAAAGUAAGCCGAAACCACUCGACCAGAUCUGUGCAGAGAUCGAGUGCCCUGUCAUAGAGAAGCUUAACAUCUCCGGUUGUGGAUUUGAAGCGAGAAAAGUGUUAAGUGCCAACUGGAUUGUUACUCCCUUCGAUACCUCUGACAUGCGCACUGGUUACCAAAAUGCUUUCUGGCGGCUCUUCAAAUACAUUAGUGGAGCUAAUGAACAGGGAGCUAAGAUCGCCAUGACAGCUCCAGUGAUAACCCAAUGGAUCUUAGACGAGGAGUAUGAGCUAGAAGGUGCGGUGAUGGCAUUCUACAUUCCUUCUGCCUUCCAAGCAAACCCGCCAGCCCCCACGGAUCCACUUGUCCAUGUAGCCAUGUGGACUGAUGCUAUCAUUUACGAUAGAGCGUUUGGCGGAACCCAUGAUGAUCCUGAAUAUUAUAAGAGACAGUUUACUAGUCUGUGGAGGGCACUAGCGAAGGAGAACAUCACCCCCUACACCAAGAUGUCCGUGACAGCCGGGUAUACCCGACCUGGCUGGGGCAGACAGAGGAUGGAAGUCAUGUUUGUGGAUGCUGGAUCUAUGUGAGAUGUCUCAAUACUGCUAGAUGCUGGAUCCAGUUGAGGAUAACUGUCCGGAGCAGGGUUAAGGAUCGGGGGGAAAGAAGAUGAUUUCAUACAAAAGACAACUUUGUGAAUUUGAUAUUUAUAGGUACUAGAUAUUUUUUCUUUAAUUAGUUGAACAAUUUACCAGCAUGCGUUUUAAGGAAAUGUUUUUAUAUAAUUUUUUAAAUAUUGAAAGAGGUUUAAUUGAAAUUAUUUACUUUUUAUAUUUUAUCAUCAUCAGUUCAUUAUUCAAGUUAAACAUUAAAA